UAGACUAAGCUAGGGUCCAGCCAGUUCGAUCGAUCACCGGAGUACGUUGCAUGCAAUGUCGGUCGACGAACGCCACGCAGCCCACGGCGGCGACAGGACCUCCGUGUUGGAGAUACCGGUGGUCGACGGCGUCACGGCUGAGCACAAGGAGUGGCUCAAGGAGAUGCGCGGGUGGCUGAUCGUCCUGGCCACCCUGGCGGCGUCGGUGACCUACCAGGCGGGUCUGAACCCUCCCGGCAGGUUCUGGCAGGACGACAAGAAGCACACCGCCGGCAACCCCGUGCUGCACGACCGGGUGGUCAAGAGGUACCUGACCUUCUACUACUUCAACGCGACGGCGUUCGCCACGUCGCUGGUGAUCAUCAUCCUUCUCCUCAACGAGCGGUUCUACAAGUCGGAGGCCAAGGUCGCGGCGCUCACCCUCACCACCAUGGUCGACCUCAUGAGCCUCGUGGGCGCCUACAUCGCCGGGUCCACCCGCGACAUGCCUUCCUCUAUCUACAUCAUCGUCCUCACCUGCUUCCUCUUCGUCUGCGUCAUCUACAUCUCCAGGGUGCUGCCGAACCUGUGCUUCAUUGUGCUGUUCAUGGCGCCGCUGCUGUUCAAGGUGGCCAAGAAGGGGUGGCUGCCGGUGACGGAGCGCAUGAAGACCAGGGUGGAGAGGGCCAAGAAGCGGGAAGAGGAAGAGGAUAAAGCAGAAGAAAACACGGCCAAGAGGAGGAGGAACCGGUGCCGGUGCUGCGCGUGCGGCAGGGCCUUCAAGUACGACGAAGAUGAAGUGAUGAACAUGAUUACCAGCCAUCAGUUUAAUCGAGUCUUAACAGACACAUCCAAUCCAAUCAGCCGUUCCUUACUUCUUGUCACAUUGUCUGCUACUAAUUGCUUCUCCUCCCGCUCUGCUCUCCUGGUCAAACUUGAGCAUUGUAAUUAG